AUAUAUCCGAAAGCCAUCGUAUGCUAUGUUAGCUCUAUGGGUAAAAGAAUCUUGUGAUGAAAUUAGUCCUCAUUUAAUUCGAAGUGCAUUUAAAUGCUGUGGUAUCUCGGUAGAAAUGGAUGGGUCGGAAGAUGAUUUAGUCUUUGAUUAUGAAUUGUUGGAUGAGGAGAAUGCAAGUAAUGAAAAUACUGAAGAAGUAUUGACUUUUGAUAAUAUUGAUGGAGACGAAUAUGAAGAAGUCGAAGUUGAUAAUGUUUGGGAAUAA